AAACAAAUUACUUAGCUAGCUAUCCUAUAGUGAAGAACACACUGAGCUUACGAACGUAGGUAGAUAAAUUUUUGAGCCAUGUCUUCCAGCUCCAGCUGCAGGGCAUGGUACUGCUUGCUUGCCAUCUUCCUCCUCUCCUCGGCCGCGGUUGGGCAGCUCUCGCCGUCGUUCUACGACGCGAGCUGCCCGACGCUGCAGCGCACCGUGCGCGCCACGGUGAUGACGGCACUCCGCGGCGAGCGCCGAAUGGGCGCCUCCCUCCUGAGGCUCCACUUCCACGACUGCUUUGUUCAGGGCUGUGACGGGUCCAUUCUCUUGGACGACGUGGGUAGCUUCGUGGGCGAGAAGACGGCGUUCCCGAACGUGAAUUCGGUGCGGGGCUACGAGGUGAUCGACCAGAUCAAGACGAACGUGGAGCUGGUCUGCCCCGGCGUCGUCUCCUGCGCCGACAUCGCCGCCCUCGCAGCAAGGGACGGCACUUCUCUGCUAGGCGGCCCCAGCUGGGCGGUGCCGCUCGGCCGGCAGGACUCGACGACGGCGAGCAUGGCGGAGGCGAACAGCGACCUCCCGGCGCCCAGCCUAAACCUGGACGGGCUCACCGCCGCGUUCGCCAAGAAGCAGCUGAGCCCGCGGGACCUGACGGCGCUCUCCGGCGCGCACACCAUCGGCUUCUCCCAGUGCCAGAACUUCCGCGGCCACAUCUACAACGACACCAACAUCGACCCGGCGUUCGCCACGCUGCGCCAGCGCACCUGCCCCGCCGCGGCCCCCGCCGGCGACACCAACCUGGCGCCGUUCGACGUGCAGACGCCGCUCGUCUUCGACAACGCCUACUACCGCAACCUGGUCGCCAGGCGCGGCCUGCUGCACUCGGACCAGGAGCUCUUCAACGGCGCCUCACAGGACGCGCUGGUGAGCCAGUACGCCGCCAACCGGGCGCUCUUCGCAUCCGACUUCGUCACGGCGAUGAUCAAGAUGGGGAACCUCGCCCCGCCCACCGGAGCCGUCACCCAGAUCAGGCGCAACUGCAGGGCCGUCAAUAGCUGAUCUCAUCCACAUCAUCCAUUGAAUCAUAUCAUCUACUCCCUCCGUUUUAUAAUA